AUAUAUACCACGCAGUCUACCACGGUAUGUCAUAUAUACCACUCAGUCUAUCAUGGUAUACAUAUGUACCACUCAGUCUACCACGGUAUCUCAUAUAUACCACUCAGUCUAUCAUGGUAUACAUACAUACCACUCAGUCUACCACGGUAUCUCAUAUAUACCACUCAGUCUAUCAUGGUAUACAUAUAUACCACUCAGUCUACCACGGUAUGUCAUAUAUACCACUCAGUCUACCAUGGUAUACAUAUGUACCACUCAGUCUACCACAGUAUCUCAUAUAUAUCACUCAGUCUACCACGGUAUGUCAUAUAUACCACUCAGUCUACCAUGGUAUACAUAUGUACCACUCAGUCUACCACGGUAUCUCAUAUAUACCACUCAGUCUACCACGGUAUGUCAUAUAUACCACUCAGUCUACCAUGGUAUACAUAUGUACCACUCAGUCUACCACAGUAUCUCAUAUAUAUCACUCAGUCUACCACGGUAUGUCAUAUAUACCACUCAGUCUACCAUGGUAUACAUAUGUACCACUCAGUCUACCACGGUAUCUCAUAUAUACCACUCAGUCUACCACGGUAUGUCAUAUAUACCACUCAGUCUAUCAUGGUAUACAUAUGUACCACUCAGUCUACCACGGUAUCUCAUAUAUACCACUCAGUCUAUCAUGGUAUACAUAUAUACCACUCAGUCUACCACGUUACCACUAAGUCUAUCAUGGUAUACAUAUGUACCACUCAGUCUACCACAGUAUGUCAUAUAUACCACUCAGUCUACCACAGUAUGUCAUAAAUACCACUCAGUCUACCACAAUAUGUCAUAUAUACCACUCAGUCUACCACAGUAUGUCAUAUAUACCACUCAGUCUAACACGGUAUGUCAUAUAUACCACUCAGUCUACCACGGGAUGUCAUAUAUACCACUCAGUCUACCACGGGAUGUCAUAUAUACCACUCAGUCUACCACGGGAUGUCAUAUAUACCACUCAGUCUACCACGGUAUGUAAUAUAUACCACUCAGUCUACCACAGUAUCUCAUAUAUAUCACUCAGUCUACCACGGUAUGUCAUAUAUUCCACUCAGUCUACCACAGUAUGUCAUAUAUCCCACUCAGUCUAUCAUGGUAUACA